UGAGUUCACCCGCAGGCGCGGUCCGCGGGCAGCUAUUAAAAAAAAGAGGCGGGAAAAUUUAUAUCCGCUCGUCGAGACGAGGUGCGGAUGGCGCUGAGGUGGAACAAAAAUUUUACUCUCUGACGAGGUUAUCAACACAAACAUUAUCGUGAUGGAGGAGCCGGAGCAGAGGUUCUUCCACCUCCUCAACCCCCUGCGGGACCUGACACGCAACUGGGAGGUGGACGUGGCGGCGCACCUGGAGGAGUACCUCGAGGAGCUGGACAAUAUCGUCAUCUCGUUCGAUGGCGGAAAGACGACAAUGAACUUCGCCGAGGCAGCACUGCUUAUCCAGGGCUCAGCGUGCAUCUACAGCAAGAAGGUGGAGUAUUUGUACUCCCUGGUUUACCAGACGCUGGAUAUGAUUUCAGACAAAAAACGAAGCCAGAAGGUAACCGACGUUGGGCAGGAGGGCGUGGACAGCGACACCUCUUUCGCUUACAAGCAUAACGAGGAGGAAUUCUUGAGCCUGGAUGAUAUUCAGUCGUCGUCAAACAUCAACUUGCAUAAUAACCCGCAGAACAUGCUGCACACAAGCAUCAUGCCCCUCAUACCCAUGUGCCUGAUCCCAACGGAUGAGGUCGAGCGACAGGGAACCCCUCUCUACAGCCAGAAGGGGGAGCUGCUGGCCAGCCGCAAGGACUUCCGCAUGAACACGAGCACGCCGCACCACACGGGAGUCUUCAUGCUGGAGCUGAGCGGCCUCUCUUCUGUGGACGGCACCACGAUCGCCAACACGGCCCUCAACGCGCUCCACUGUCAGGAUGCCAUAGAUGAAGAAUUCUCGGCUUUGCAAAAAGCCAUCGGCAGCAACGCGGGAAACGGAGGUGGUGACAAUGGCAACAACGUGGGUUUCCUGCCUCUGGCUGAUGCAGAUGGACAUGACGACAUGGAUGACUUGCCACCGCUUGAAGAGCUUGAUCCAAGAGAUGACCCUGCGGCCGCUGAGGAGGUGAUAGACAGACAACAGGUCAGGCCUGAAAACAAGGGUUACAUGCUGAGAGAGAGACCGAUCAGAGAAUUUGGAGAGAAAGCACCCCCAACAAAACCACAGGCAGUUGACCCUUGGGGGAACAUGGAUAUAUUUGCUGAGGGGCCACCAGAGAAGCCCUUUGUAAAAGGGCGAACCUUCUCACUUCCACCUGGAUUGGACCCGAAAGCCACCAAGCAGAAGAGGAAGCGGGCAGUAGAACUCAUGCGCUUCAAUGACUGGUUCACAAAGGCAUACAAAGCUAUGGCUGCUCCUCUGUGGAAAAAGACCUCACUUCUGAGUUUCUCUGAACUGGAAGAAUUGUAUUGGACGAACAUGCGGAAGGCAAUGGCCACACAGCUUAAGAUUCAAAAGAAACUGCUCCUGGCCGGGAAGCCCCACGCCCAGGACAUCACUCGUGCGGACAGCGAUGAUGAUGGCGAUGAUAUUGGUGGCGGCGGAGAUGGUGGCAACCAGGGACAGGGUGCCAGGGGAGAAUCGAUCCCUGGCGUCCGAGAGAUCGGGCGAGAUCCUGAUUUUCAAGAUCUACCAUACGGCCUUGAUGAUUACGGUGACGCGGAUGACUUGAACACCACACCCCAUGAUGUCAUAGGCGACGUCGUGCCCCUGCAAAUUGGAAAUGAAGAACAGCUGAAGUUUGAGGAGCUAGUGAUACGUAAUGUGGAAAUGUACAUGGCUGCCUCGGCAGGCUAUGCGCAGGACACAGCUUUGUCACGGAGAAUCCGAGAUUGGGAUGAGAUGAUAAUGCCCACGCUACAGCUGCAGGAGGAUCGCGGGUCGUGCGACAUCGGCUCGUACUGCGACCGCGUGAUCGGCAGGUUUGAGCGCAACAGCCAAUCCAUGCGCUUCGCAGACAUCGUGAAAGACCACGAGCCCUUCGAGGCGUGCCGCUACAUGCUCGCCUGCUUACAGCUGGCGAAUGAUGGCAACGUGGCGGUGGGCACCACCGGAGUGCUGCACGAGGCCCUCGACACCAUGGAGCUGACGCUGCUGUCGCGAGAGCUGGUGCGGGAGCGGAUCGAGACAUACCAGGCUCCCUCGCUCGCUCGCAGUGCCAGAUAAAAUUAGUGGCGGCAUCAACGACGACGGCGACUUUUACGCAAAUCGUCAUACUUGCACCCGUCUCUCUCGUCGGCUUCAGGGAAGUGUCUUAGGACUUGGUUACAGACCAGAUUUGAAUCUCCAACUCGGUUUGGUUGUAACUGUUUCAGGAGACUGGGAUUGAGGAUCAUAUUGAAGCUCAAUUCUAUGAGACAAUAUUUUGUCAUCUUAAUUUUGAGGAUACAUUCUAAGAAACUGGGAAUUACGGUCAGAGCCUUGGUCUAUGUGUUCCUGACUUAAACUUAUGUCAUUUAUUGCCUUGCUUUUAUAGGAAUGUGUCCUACAACACUGAAAAGUGUUCAGAAGACGAGGUGUCCACUUUAACAAUAAAUGUGGAUUUGAACGAUGGGUAUUGUCGAGUUUUUAGUCACUAGAUGUACCGUAAAUAUACUUUAAGUUCACAAUAAUCCUUAGUUAAUGCUUCUGUUGCAAAACAACAAAUAUGUAGCAGUUUGCCUCGUAUAAAUAGUGUGUACUAUAUUUUUAUACUUGUUUUAAUUGUAGUGCCUGUGUUUAUAAGCAUGGCAUUCGACAUGCAAAAACUAAACUUGCUUAUAACUUAGUCAAGUUUAUGAACAACUGCAAUGUGGCAACUACCAGGAAAUAAUCCACAAGUCAAUAUGUAAUUAAUUAACCCACAGUAGUUAAACUCCACCGAAUAAGAGUCCACGUGACUGCUGCAGCCUGCAUUGUCUGUAAUGCUGUUGGGUUGUCAAAACAUAAAUUCAUUAAAUGUCCGAUAACACCUUAA